UCUUAUCUCAGUGUCAAGGCUGCAACAGAUAUUCAAACAUUUCCUGAUCUAAUAUGGGAUGCUCAUUGGCUGUACAGUGAAGAAGACUUGCCAAAAUACAUUGCUAUAGCAACAGCUCACAAUGCUGUGUGGUGGUGGGACUGGGAAAGCAAUACAAAGCAGUUGAUUGCCGAGUGUGAGGAACCCUGUAUACUGUAUCUUUGUCUACCAAAAAUGAAUUAAGUAUCUAAAUAAAGAUAUGACCAUCACAGUGCUUAUUGCAAUUUAAGCAAUAUAUUGCAAAAAUUCAAUAUUGCAUGAAUAUUUGCGAUUAAUUAACACUGCGAUGGUCAUAUCUUCAUUUAGAUUUGUAUGAAUGAAUGACACUUUUUUUCAAUAGGGUGCAUAAUUACAUUCACACGAUGAAACUUAAAUAUAACUAUCACUGAAAUACUUAAGUCCUUAAAUACUAAAUACUUAAGUACUAAGAUAUUUCCACAAUUUUUCACAUCAUCUUCAUUCUACAUUUUAUUCCUUUUAUUGGUUAAGAUGAACUCAACAAAUUGGCCUGUGCCCAAUGUGUUGGUCUUCUUAGCUGAGUUGGUAGAGCACUGUGCAGCACUAAUGCACUUUCUGAGGCCAUGGGUUUGAAUCUCAUUGAGUCCCUGAGUACACCGUGUGCCCUUUAUCAAUAUUAGAAGUAGGAGAGAUGGCCUUAAAAUUUUCACAUCCACUACUCAUAAAAUAUGGAUCCGUCAAGACAGUUUUCUUUAACAGUUGUUUUUGCUGCAAAGAUACUCUGCUCAGUUCUUUGGAUCUCAUUUGGAUGACUUAUUUCUGGCUUCUGGAACUGUAUUUAAUCAAAUUCUUCUUUGGAAAGUACAUGGUAAAAAAGAUGAACAGAACAAGACUCUUGUGCUCCAUAGACUCACAGGACAUGAGGGUGUCAUAUUUUCAAUAAAUUUUAACAAAGCAGGAACUCUUCUCAGCUCUGUUUCAGAUGACAGGAGCAUUCGCCUGUGGAAGAUUCCAAAUUUAAAGUCUUUAGAGACAAAUGGCUGUGUGGAACCAUUUCUUGUAGUUUAUGGGCAUACAGCAAGAGUCUGGGAUGCCAAGUUGUUAGAGACAUGUUUUGUCAGUAUUGGUGAGGACUUAGUCUGCAAUGUGUGGAGCUAUGACGGAAACAUUGUGAAAACACACAGAGGACAUACAGGUACGUGUGUGUCAUUUUAAAGGCACCACCCUGACCUGUGACUAAUUGGAGGAAUGUAGAAGGGGGUGAGGGAAAUGAUCUCCUGGACCAGUGCCAUCUAAAUGUGCUUACCUAAAUUGUUGUUCUACUUAAAACCUUUUUUGACAACCCUAGAUCCUGGGUACCAUAUGCCCUGGAGACCACUUUUACAUAAUUGCUGUUGCCACAUAAUUCACACUCAUAUCCAGAUUUUUAAGCAGAAAACUAUAUGUAAUAGAGUCAAAGCUCCAGAGGCAUCCAACGACUUGUUUUCUGUAAAAUAUCUGUUCGGAGAAGCAAAUAUUGCCUAGAAUAUCCUAUUACUUGAAGAUGGCUAAAAAUCUCUAGAUGAUUUAAGUAAAUUUUUGAAGCUCAUCUAAUAAAUUCUUACGACUUUCUGAAGUUUAAUUUUUCACAUUUCACUGCCCAGGUUAGGCUUUUUUUUGUACAAAAAGGAAACCUAAAAUUUUCGGAUUCAAAACUGUGAUUGAGAGAUGAAUCAAAAAAACAACAUUAAAUUGCAUCUAAAAUUUUCUUGAAAAUAAUACUAAAGCCCUUGUAAUUUUGAAAAGACUCAAGUUCCCCUAGGAUGACUGAACAGGUACAAAUUUUAUAUCGCCGCUAAGAAUGCAUUUCUAAUGAUCUUAAAGUACACAGGAUAGCCUAAAAAGUGUUUUCAAUGUUUUUAAGAGGAAACCGUAGUUGGGUGCCCGUGGAAGCUCCCUGAAGCAAAUUGGAGUUGACUGUUGUAAGCAGAGGUUUGUAUCAAACAGGGUUUUGACAAGGCAGCUGUAAGUAGACCUUAUAAAGGUAUCCAAUAAAAAAGCAUGGACCAUACCAAUAAAAUAGUGAAUUAUCUCAAACCAACAGUCAGAAAGAACAAGUGUGAUUACAAAACCUCAUAACAGAGCAGCAUCUUUAAGGUGAUUUUCCCUUUAAAUACACACGAGUGAGUUUUGCCAUGUAAAAAUACUGAAAUUUUUUCUGAUCACUAUACCCAGGUAUUUAACUACAUGUAUACUUAUGACAGGUCGCAAUAUUUGGAGUCUUGCUGUCAAUCAAAGUGAAGAUCUCAUUGUCACUGGUGGUGGAGAUGGGAGCAUUCGGCUGUGGCCAUUAUCUAGCUCUGAUCAGUAUAGCAGGACUACAUCAACAGAGACAUGUUUGCCAUCAGACAACACAGCCUCUAGAUCACAGAAAACUAAUAAAAAGGAUUUCCCACGAUAUGUCAGUUUACUUGACCAAUCCAACUUGCUAGUGAUGACAAAUGAAGGGUAGGUAACAGUGUUAUGUCCUCCUGAUGUGGGGAGAGCACUGGUGACUCCCUUAUUUGCCCUUAAUUGGUAUGUGCACCCAACAAGACAUGAUUUUGAUUGUUAAGUCUUGUACAGGAUAUAUGAUUUGCUUGUCAGCUUCUUGAACGGGCCAUUUGUUGAAGCUGGGUAAAAGGCAUUAGGUUGUAAUUUGCAUAAAUCUCACCCACACUAAGAUCUUUGACGAAACAAAAACCCCCAAACAACGAAAUUUAAAAGGGGAGUUAAGGUAUGCAUUAUCUGCCGCGACAAAAGGAGUAGCCAUUGUAGGUUGGUGGCUUUUAGCAGAGACUGAAUGGACGGAAUUCUCUGCACAGAGGUUUCAACAAAAAAACUAUUCUUGUAAGUGUCUGGUUUAUUCUAUUAAGAUGCAUAUCCAUUUGUUUUUGCUCAGGUGUUUGUAUAAGUAUAGCUGGUCAAAGAAAGAUAAUCAGAUUGGUAAAGGAGAUGAUUCCCAUACUUGUUCAAAUACAGAGAGCAUAACCACAAAGGAUCAGUGGAAAUUGUUAUUGAAAGAUCCAAACUAUUCCUCAUAUAGUGUUCUAGCCUUGUGUCCCAGUCGUAAGGUCAUUGCAUUUGGAAAUUUACAGGGAAAUAUUAAACUUCAAGAUACAGGUGAGUAAACUGCAUUUUCUUGUUUCAAUUUUGACCAUUUAAAAGUAACCAAGUAGCCAAGACAUUGAUUUAUAGCUUACUGAGAGGUUUUAAAGAAACAGUUUGAAAAAGAGGAGACUUUGAUGUGACUUUGUGGAUGGAUGUGUUUUGUUUUUCUUUUGUUAUAUGGUUGAAUCCAUGAGUAGGCAUUAUAAAGUGAAUCCUGUGUUCUGAUUGGCCAUGCAAGUGGGCAAGAUGGGCACAUCUUGCCUGCUUGGGAUUUCCCGCUCCUGUCCCACUAGUAAAAGUUCUCUUUUUUGCCAUAUAAUUUAUUCUUUAUUGACAAGCUUGUUUGGUCAAUAAGGGUGGAUAUUGGCCACGUUCAUUUUGCCUUUUAUUGACUUGGACUUUGUCUUGGUCCACACAAAUGCAAAAUAGAACUUGGCGUAUAUCCAACCAUCGUAAAGAAUUCAAAGUCUUAAAAAACAGGACUCAAAUUUGCAGUGAUUUUUUGAUCGUUGAUUAUUAUUAUUAUUAUUAUUAUUAUUAUUAGUAUUAUUAUUAUUAUUAUUUUUGUUAUCAUCAUCAUCAUCAUCAUCAUUAUCAUCAUCAUCGUCAUCAUCAUUAUUAUUAUUAAAUAAACCCUGCACCCUCCCUACAGAUUUCAAUCAUCCAUGUAUGGAACUCACUGCUUACUCAGGCAAGGUUCAUAAUCUUCUCUGGAGCAGUCAGAAUUCUCGCCAGUACCUCUUUUCCUGUGGGCCAGAAGGACAAAUGACUUGGUGGAAUAUUAAACAUGUUAACAGUGUUCCUGUCUUCAUUGUUUCUCCUCUGCGAUCGUUCAUCUUACCACCUUCAAAGCAACGCUGGGCCACAGCCGUUGAAAUCUUCCCAAAUCCUUCAACAAAACGAAGCUCUGACAAUGAAAAUUGGACAGCCGAGUCUAUGUUAUUAGUAUGUGGGGACAGAAAAGGGUCCCUUCAUCUGUUUAAUCCUAGAUGCUCCACUUCUUCUGAAAAGGUACUUGUCAAGAUAAGGUUUACUGAAAAAUUUAUUGUUAUUAAAAAAUGUCCCAACUCUUUUAUUUCGCUGCACUAAAGCUUUUAUGUUUGUGAAAUGUGUGCUAUUUAAGUUUUUGUAAAAGCCAGAUUUAAACCGAAAAAGUUCAUAUCACCGGUAUUUAACAACUAGUAGUAUAUGGUGCACCGAAUUAUCUGAAUUGUGGAGGAGAGGGACGGGGAAUGUUGAAAGUGAAAAAUUGUGUUUAGUGCUAGAAAGAGCUAGUUUGCUUAUGUAAAUUCGGUUUCGGUUUCCGAAUUUGGAUAAUUCAAAGCAUCAUAUACUACUAUGGACCAGUUCUUUCGACUUUUCUGGGCAGUAUAACAGAAUGUAGGCCAGCAGCUAAUAGAUGGGAUGUUAAAUUUUUCCUUUUGUUUGUUUUUAAGCCAAUUGCUCCAUCGCAUUCUCUUCCUCUUAUUCAUGGUAAAGCAGGCGUUAGUCAUCUUAGUCUCCAUAACAGCACCAUCUACUCAUCGGGCAGAGACGGCGUUUACAGGCAACUAAGAGUGCAUAACAACACACUGGAGGUUAUUGACACUAAAAAGGUAGAACAAUUUGUAAUUCUUACACAAUAAUUUAUGUUCUUUAUGUCUUUCUGAACGUAUGACCUCGUGUUAUCGUAAGCAGCUUAAUGUUGCCCAAUGUAAGGGAAUCAAAGAUUCUGGACCCCACUCCGUGGAUUCCGGAUUCAAGUAUUUGUCAGUGGAACUUGGAUUCUGGAUUCAAAACGUUAGUGGGAUUCCGGAUUCCACAAGCAAAAUUUUCCCGGAUUUGGAAUUCCACAAGCCAAAAUUUCCCGGAUUCUUGAAUCUGGAUUCCAUUACAUGGGGCGAUUUAAUGCGUCAUUCAAAAAUAUAUUAAAAAACUGAUUAGUUAUAUACGCUUUAAAAUUUCGCUUCCUCGAAAAAGGUGACUUUUUCAUUGCAAAUCUAGCGCGAAUGAGAACACCUGUUAAAGUUCACUUGAAUGUUGUGUAAAACCUGUCUGUAAGUUUUCUGUUGCUGGAGCAGUUUCAUUUUGUUUUAUCUGUGUUAGGUGUUUAAAGGCUUUGACUGGUUGGAACGACUGAUAUUCACGGCAAAGGGACAACUUCUUAUAGCGGGUUUCCAUGCGGUAAGUCUGAAUUAAAACUGUCUUUUUUUAGCCGAUGCAUCAAAGAAACUGCUUUAUAAAAACGUGGUAUUUCAUUUCUUCUUUUUUGUCUCUUUGUGCAGGCCUAUUUCGUUUUGUGGAGCGUGGAACGUAAUGAGAUACUGUGGAGAGUCAAGUGCGGUGGGGCUCACAGAAUCUGGGACCUAGCCCUGAAAGAGUCGGUAAAUACCAUUACAAUUAACCCAUUCGCCCCUGAACCGCCCGUAACCGCCCGUGCGGAUCCAGGUCCUUUCUACCCUUUGUGACGUCAUCAGUUUUAACAGUCAAGGACAACUUUCUUCGCUAACUUGUGUAGAGUGAAGAGAUCUUUCAAACCAUACCAGAAUGAGCACAAUUCAGUCAAGGACACCGGAGAAAGAAGCAAAAAACCACGUGACAUUGACCUGAAAAUCUCCAUGAAAUUCUUGUUCCAUUGCCCACCUACCUUUCCUUUUACCUAAUCCUAAGAUCCUAAAAGCUUUCCUAAAAACUCUUCCCACCAAAAUGAAGCCUACUAAAUGCCCAGCAAGAGAAAAAAAAAUGAGGCAAGAAAAGCGAAAAAAGAAGGGAGGAGAGAAAGCGAAAAGUAAAAGUCAAGACUGCUGUGUCACUUUUAAACCCAAAAUCGAAAUCGAAAUUUUGCUUUCUGCGCAUGCCCGAACUUCGCAAGCUGGUGUUUUGCAUCUGGAUCAGAAGGCCGCCAAGUGUACGACCUGUAAACCGGUUUGUGGUAAGUUUUAGCUCUUUAUAGCACGACGGUGACCAGAAAACCACUCGACUAGCUUCAAAACGCGUUUUUCGGCAAAAUCUCCAGGAGCGAAUGGGUUAAUAGAGAGGAGAAGUAUGACGUCACGUUACCAUGGUAAUUUCUGGAUCACAACAAUAGGGAGCUUAAGUAACGACGACGGCGACGGCGACGGCGACGGCGACGGCGACGGCGACGGCAAUGAGAACGGUAAAAAAAGCAAAUGUGUUAAUAAGCAAAACAACAACUUUGCACGUUCAUCACACUUUUUUUGUACAUUUCUUAGCCGUCGUUGCACGACUGCGAUAUGAAACUUCCUAAUUUCACGCGCCCGCUUUAUAGAGUAGGUGAACACAACGAAAAAAUUUCCUUUUUCUUUUUCUAAACUUGGUUACGGUCCUUUCAGAUUCAACCCUAGAAAAUUUCAACAAAAUUUAAAUGUUAAAUGAAAUUGAAUAAGAUUGAUGAAGUCUGAAACAGUGCCAAUCCACUUUUUAAAGUGGCUUUCUCGGUUUGUUGUCAUCCAGAAAUUUUGCUACUAUGGCAUCGUGACAUAAAGACUUCUCCUGUAUUUUCAACGACCAUGAAAUAACACGCUGUCCCUAUUGUGUGAUGGGUCAAGAACACGUCUAAACUUAGACUGCGAGCAGCCUCCGCGCGUGGCUCUGAGGAACGAAGGACGACCGCUCACGGUCUAGUCUAAAGUAGUGUUCAUGCAAUCACUGAGCUGCAAAUAAGAAUCGGUCAUCGGACUAUAUUCAACGAAAACCAAAUUUUUCGGACAUGACGUCCGGACAAGGCAAAUACCAAAACUCUCGUUUUGCAGGUCAACAAAUUUUAUCUUAAGCGCAUGUAAAUUGUGGUUCCAAGGAAAUAACAUUGUUACAUUGUAUAUAUGGCAGUCAUAGGCGUACGGGGCGGGGGGACGAGGGGGGCUGCAGCCCCCCCCCCAAAUUUUGGGCAACUCAGAUUUUUUGGGCAGCGAGAGAAAAUUUGGGCAAAGCCAGCUUUUUAAGACGUUUCCGUGUUUUUUAAAUCAUUAUUUUGAAGAGAUAAAUAUUUUCUAUUUUAACCUGAAGUUGGCGUAAUAAUCCAGUACUGUUACAUUCACACGAGACAGUGGUUGCCUAGCACGUAAUGAGUUUCUGGUUAUAAGGGAAGGGUAUCAUGUGCUGUUUUUUUUAUUGUUGGGCACUGUAUUGCAAUGGGCUAUUUCCAGUCGUGAAUUGAUUAGAAUAAACUUCCGCCUAACUUUCUAGAAUCAUCUCCCCUCGUAGAACAGUGUAUGGCAGAUAGCAUCAGCAAUGGGUCUGAAAGUGAAGAAGUGGCUGACUAAUUGUCAGUUUGAAUUACGCGAAGAAUCGUAUUUUUUUAACAAAAAAAUCUAUCGAGUGGUUUAAAGAUUUAUCCCUAAUUUGUUAAAGUAGACCGAAAUGUUUACAAAACCGCUAACAAGAGCGCCAUGAUUCAUACUAAAUACUCAAAUCCUUUUUUGGCCAGAGCUAUCUCCAUGAUUUUUUAUCCACGUUUUUAAAAAGAUUGAAACUACUAUGAGGUGAAAUUACAUGUCAAAAGCGCUUGGUUUUCCACAGAUAACGGCCAAACAUCAAGAUUUUCCUUUUUUACCGUAUUUCUAACGAUAAAAACUUUAUCCCAAAAUAUCUCCGCAACGCUCUUACAGAUUCCGUUUUAACUUCACGAACAUCGAGGCGACUAUUGGAGGAAAAUGCUUCCGUGAACGAUUUUGGAAGAACAGUUCCCAGUGAGAAAUGUUGCUGCAAGUAUAAUAGGUAAUGGCAUCAUUUGGUUGCUAUGGCAACUUCGAUGUUAUUGCAACCCGGAUCAUAACAAAUUUUCAUCUUUAUCUAAUACGACUGUGGUGGCAAUUUUUCCAAAUGUUUGUUUAUAGUGUCGUAGUCUAUGCUCAAAAAAAACUUCACGGGUAUUGACCCUGAAAAACUGUAUCGAGCCACUUUCAUAUGCUAGUACGACCUAUGUUGUUGCAUCGUAUGGCCCUCGUUUGUGUUCGACUGUUUUGUAAAUAUUUGGGCAACUUGCAAGAAUUUUUUGGGCAAAUGGUUUACCGCCCCCCCUGACAAAAAAUUGCCCGUACGCCUAUGAUGGCAGUAAUUAGCGUACUUGAACACAGGGAGGCCCCUUAAAACUAGAUUAAACACUGUCGGAGCACACUUAAGUAGACUUUGCAUGAGAAAAACAUACCUGUAGAUAGAUAGUUAAAUUACCAAUACCUUGCAGCCCGAAGGUUGAAUUGCGUAUUUACAAAUGAUGGAAUUGACAAAAUGUGUAUAUAAAACUAAGUACAGUAAAUAUAAAAAUACAAAAAGAUACGAUAAAAGAAAAACUAAAAAUGUACGUAUAUACGUUAUCAAUACAGGAUCUAAUAACAAAACUAUUCCCAAAACGAUCUGUAUUGCAUUUAGGUGCGAUGAAGCGCCUGUGCACCUUAGAGCAUAACGUGAAGGUCCACUAAAUUGUAUUAACCUUUUCAGACAGUGUUCAGGGACCUUAAUAAUGGUGUUGAAAGUAUUACUACAUAGCCCCGCGAUGAAAUCUACAAUAGGGACAAUGUUCACCAGUUCGAUAGCCUCCUGGUAGGGCAGUCCUUGGCAACUUAUAGACAUUACCCGCUUUUCAACUCGCACCAACUCGUCUUUUAGGUACUUUUGCAGGGCGUAAAAAAAGACGGGUGCUGCCUACGUAAGAACACCUGUGUAGGGCGAGCGCGUCAAAGAAGGCUUGCUUUAAUCAGGCGAAGUAGUUGCAGUUAUUUUUCGCCUUUCCGUAUGUUACAGCAAAUAGCUUUCGACUUUUGGAGUUGGCAAACUAUCAAACUCCGCCGAAGUUUCGUUUAAAUUACUGAUCUCUAGUGUUUUUUAGGACGUUUCCAUUUCUGGAGCGGUGUUGUCCUUUAUCAAAGACUCGAUGAUUUACACGCAUGAAAUUGCUUUUCCAAGUGAAGUGAAGAAGGCAGUGUUAAAGGUAAGCUUUUUCAGUUUUGUUUUGCUCACCCAGAUUGUGAGAAAAAGUCGAGUUCAGCAAUGUUUGCUGUUGGUUCCUUCUUACUUUUCAUAGUAUGUGUCGCAGAAUUGCGUUCCGACAACGGCUACGAAAGGUCACUUAAAAAAGUGAAUUCGCGCUGCUUCGCCCUUAUUCCAUCUCGUUCAAUUCGUCAAAUGUUGGCAAAUUUUUCUGGAGUUGAAUUCUAAAAGACUGUACCGAAAUUCAGGAAAAGGGAAAAAGUCGUUGUCUUGUGUUCACGUCCUCCACAAAACUAUGACGUGAAAUAAGGUAUUUUUACGUCGCAGUUGGGCACAUCCUUGGAAACCCAGGGGCAGUCAGCCGGGUCGGGAGAAAAGGCGCGCGACAAAAAAUAGGGUGUUUAAACAGCAACGUUUUUGAGCGACGCAUGUCGACCGGAAGUGGACUUUUUGCACUCUUGAGCCAUGAUUUUGAGCAAAUCGUCUCUAUAAGAAUUAAGACACUUGGCAAUACAAAUAUAAUUGCGUCAAGGCUUAUUAAAAGAGAAAAAGGCCCACUUCCAGUUGACGUGCGUCGCUCAAAAACGUCGCUGCUUGAGCUCCCUAGUCGCACAUGAAAGAUUUUACAUUCGUGCGCCACGUUCUGGUGCUCUCCACGAUCCUAGCACGAAGAACAGGCUAUAUGUAAUUCUUUGUAGCGUUCUUUCAAUGCGUCAUCAGUUAACAUAUGACAUCCAUGGAUAAUUCCCUUAUACCCUUAUUCAAAGUGGAAUUUGGAAAUGAUAGUAUUGUUGUCGACGGAAAGUGAAGGACUUACGUGUUACCCACCAGUACUGAUGCAAAUGUUUCUCAUUUAGCCAGGAUUUCAUGGACGGGAAGCCACGUGCCUUCGUCAUAUAGACUCCUUUGUGACACGAAAAGGUAUGUUGCCAUGGCUUUAUAUGAUCAAAACUUUUGUAGUUGCAAGAGCCUCUUAUAGACAGCGUGGACUGUUGUUAAUAAGCUCUGGUAUUUUCAUCAUGUUUAAGUUUGUGAAGUUUGUUAGUCCUGUAAUCAUUUUGAAAGGCCGGUGAGAUGCAGGAAUGUUGAUGCUUUUUUUAAAUCCACAAGGGUACCGCAUAUUUUUAGCCAGAAUCCGAUGCUAUGUCCACUGAAGAUGUAUCGUUGUCUUUACUUCACACUUGACAAGAAAUUGAUAUUUCCAAAAGAAGUGAAGUUCUAAUCAUUCCUUUACAUUUUUUCUUAACUUGUUUGUUUUUUCUUUUUUUACAGGAGAAAUCUGUGACGUCUUGGCUACAGCUAGCGAAGAUGCCAACAUCAAGUUAAUUAUCUGUAUCCUCUUCAGUAUUACAAGGGUAAAAUGUUCUAAAACUCCUGAUCUUUUAUCCCAGUCAUGAUUCGGGAUAGAUGAUGGCUUUUUCAAUUCGGAUUAUUUGAUAAUAUAAAACAUGUGAUUGUGUUCUGUGAUGUUAACUUUAAUAUAUCGUCUUAGCUGUCUGUUUUUCGGCGAUUUUUUCCGUUAUUGCUUCUCUUAACAAUAGCUUACACUUCAGCUAAUCGCUCCUCUGGCUUGACCUCGCCAUUUUUCACCGCUCAUGGUCACAUAUCAAGUGUUAAAGCUUUGAGCGUAACAAAACGUCCUCUAUCACGGCUUCAACCAAGCGCCAGCAAUGACAAGACCAGCAGUCUCCUCCUCUUCUCUGGCGGAGGUCGCGCGUCACUUAGAUGCUGGCGUCUUAACCUGUCACUCAUUGAUGUUGACACCGAGGGUUGUCAUAGUGAUACAAUAACAUCUCCGAUGGUUUUCUUGGGAGAAUAUUCGUUCUCCUUCAGUAAUCAUCGUCGCAGGCGGAGGAAAAAAGACUUAGAGAACUUGUCCGAGAUAAGAUUCAUGUCUCUGACAACAUUAAAUGCGGCGGAGAUUAUCAGUCAUUCGUCAAGUCAAGAUUUGAUAGACAACUGUCAAACAUUGUACUUCGUAAUGGCGGCUUGCUCCGAUGGUUUCGUCAGGUGUGUAGUUUUCCCUUUUUGCCUUAUUCUUUGGUAAUCACAUAAUUUUUUGAAAACAAUCUUGACGAAAUUUGCAGCCGUUUGAGUAAAAAAAGGCCAAAAGGCAGGUUUUUUGCGCCCUAAAAGCUCGAAAAUCAUAUCAGCGAAGGGAAAGGAAAAGGGGAGAAAGAAAGAUCUCGGAGGAAGAAAGGAGGAGAAGAGGAAAAAGCAAUGGCUGCACUCUUAGUUUUUAUGUUGGCUACUUUGGAGGCAGUUUUGGGCGGGAAAAAACUGCUUGACGGAAGAGGUCUAUUUGGCGAUAACGUUUUCAAAAAUUCGGCUUGACAUAUUUUUACUAAAUUCUUCUCUGUUUCUUUCUUUUAGGGUUUUCGCCUUUUACGAACAGCAAAAAAAGUUCUUCCUUCUGGCUCAGUCCCAGUACCUCACACGCUGUGUUCUCACGGUCAACCACGUGAUUGAUUGUCUCAAUGGUGAAAGGCCGCUGGUCAUGAUGUUCGCGGGGGACACGGCUGGAAGGAUUUCCUGCCGGGAUAUCACUACCUUACUGUUAAGCCAUAUAAGGGAAUGCUGUACUCCAGUCAACGAACAGGUCGAAAAAUUUAGGAAUGUAACAGAAAGCGAAGCUCGCAUUGAGUAUGACGUGGAAAAUCUUGAAGUUGACGGGGGAAAAGUUAUUAAUAAAUCAAGUGAAAAGAACACAUUUAAGGCUAGUUUUUCAUCAGGAAAUGGUGACACAAGUCACACAACCUCAGAGAGCGUGACUUCAUUUUCCAGCGAGGAAGGCGUCACCACAGACAGUUUAAAAGCUGCAGAAAAUGCCGAACAAAACGGUAAUUUUUCUUCAGGUAAAUGUAGUGAAGUAGCAUUUAGAGAAGAGAAUUUGGCCGAUUUUGAAGCAGACGUAAACGCGUCAACUGAGAUGGCUAAUUCUGGGCAAGUAGAACAGCGAACCGGAAAGACAGACUCCAAGAACCUUGCUAAUAUCCAAACGUCGACUAAAGACGAAGUUUCAGAAACAGAUACGAAGGAAAAUGCUGUUGUUAAUGUUGCAUUCGUGGCACCGCGAAAUCAACCCUGCUCAACACAACUGCAGGAUAAUCCAACACUUGAAUCAGAGUUUAAGGAGCAAAGUGACUUUUCCUGCCUACCCCUGGUACAGACAUUUCUUCCCCCUCCAAUCCACGUGUUCAAAUGUCACCAGUCCGGGGUAAAUGCACUCUCGCUUGCAAAUAUCAAUGGUAAGUUAAUGUUAUUGUGAGGAUAGAUACAGUUCCGCCUCUGCUAACGGUCACCACUCCACGAUACCGGCUGGGACGGGGAGCGUUGUGGGAGAGGAAGGGGGGGGGGUUCUACCGUAUGAAUGGACGGGGAAAAAUUACCAAUUACCAGGACCUGUGAAGAGCAAUAGUGAGUUAAAUUGCAGUAAACCUUUUUUAGUAGAGUCUAACUUUCAUGUGCGACUACCUGCCAUAAGCGACCAUCCCUCAAAAACACCAUAAUUUUCAAAAACAAAGCCCUAUAGUUAGACCCUCUCGAAAACGGUUACCUCUUGUAAACGACCGCAAUCUCUUUUGGAAGUGACGGUUUUUUGUCGGAUUCUCGUCUUGGAAGAAACCUCCUGUGGUUCAACUCUAGUAACCGACCAUUCCCAUUAAGCGACCACUAAACCUUCGCAUUUUGGGUGGUCGCUAACGGCAGGUCCGACUGAGAAAAAUCUGGAAAUAAGUUUUCAAGAAAAAGAUAUUAAAUUUAGAUAAAAUUAAUGUGUAAAGAGCACCAAAUGUUCAACGCGAGAAAAUCGUUUGUCAUUAACGCACACUAGUCAUCCAAUUAUCUUCCAGAACUUUCCACCGUGCUGGAAGUUUGAGUAUGACUAUUGAACGGAAAGUGGAUGCCUCAUUCAUUCCGUUCUUUUGUUUUAUUUCUAGGAGAAUAUUUGCUGGUCAGUGGUGGAGAUGACAGCGCACUGUAUGCGGCACAAUUCACUUUGAAACUAGACAGCGAUGACGUCACCAAGGUUCACGUGAUACGCGAGAUAACUGAGCCUUCAGCUCAUACGUCAUCAGUAACAGGUAACAACACGUGUACGCCACGUGAGUCAACGUUAGCGCGUUAUAUUUCCUAGGGUAUCUGGGUCGAUCCAUUUACAUGUCAAAAUUGCUUCGACAAGUGAAUUCAACUCGCUCCAUAUAAGGGAAUCCAAGACAGUCUUGGAUUCCGGAUUCUACGUCGUGGAUUUCGGUUUCCAGAUACCGGAGUUUUGUUAACGGGAAUUUCGAUUCUGGAUUCUAAUCGUUAGUGAGAUUCCGGAUUCUUUGAACUGUAUUCUGGAUUCCAAAGCCCAGGAGUCCGGAUUUCUUAAGCAAAAAUUUCCCGAAUUCCCUUACUUGGGGCGAAUUCAAAAUUUGCCGUUUAAAAAAGAAAAAUGUUUUAAGUAAUGUUUGAGACGAGUUAGUGAAAUAGCAGGAUGCCGGAAAGGUAUCACAAUGUAGACAGUGAAAAUAACAAUUACUUUUUUGAUUAUCGUAAAUUUCUUGGUUUGAUUGAUUGAUUGAAUUCUACCAGUUUUUCCUUCCCACAUGCCCAUAAAUUAAAUUAAUUUCCCAUUUUUCUGUCGCAUGUAGAACACAUCAGUACUCAAAUGGCAACUGAGUAGAAGCGAAAGGUAAAACUGUCAAACAGUUUAAAGUAUCCCAAGGAGGAUUGAAGCGUUUCUUGUUCGCCUCCACUCUUAAACGCUGGAAAACGCAUUUAUACCAAGUGUAGUGGUAUCAAAAAAUCAUGUGUUUAUCUUACAGGAGUAAAGGCUUUGAGAAGUGGAUUAGCAAUCUCGUCUUCUGUCGACCAAAGGCUUGCUUUGUGGGAGUUGGCUAAAGAAGAUCAGGUAUUUACCGAUUUUUUUUUAUCACGAGUUAUCGUUCUCGAGCAAUUUUGUGGCAUUUUUCUUUGCCAAAGCAACUGCCAGUGGUAUUAAGGGGAGACUUGUGGGUUGAAAUCCAACACUCAAGGACCAACGCUCGGGGUAGACCAUAGUUGAGGGGAAAGUGCUGCCUUCAAGAAUCAAACGUAAUGCCAUCGACUGCAAAAGGUUAGACGGUUAGACUUUUCGGAUAAGGACGAUAAACCGUAGACCGGGUUGACAACCCUUACGUUUACAAAAUUCUUUGGGACGUUCAAAAACCCAGGCACUGUUCAUAAAGAGGCGAAGGGAUCGUUGUCCGGUGUGGUGAUCCAUCCUCUCAGACGUUAUGGGCUUAGUGCUUAGCGAAAGAGACCACGACAUACACACUUUUAGAGGUCAGGCUUUUUGCCGGUUACUGCAACCCUCGCUCAAGAACCCAAGACCUCAGGGCAGGGAGAACUUUUUAGUCAAGUGAAAGGAGCUGCAGACAUGACAUCAACAGGGAAAUGGGGAGCUUAAGCAACGACGACGGCAACGGCAGCGAAAACGUCACCCAAAAAGUGAAUUUGUGCUGUUUCAAACUUCAUCUUUCUUAUUCCAGCUCUUUUAAUUUGUGAAAUGUUGGCGAUUUUUUUUUUUUUUUCAGGAAUUGAAUUCUAAAGGACUGUGACUUAGUUCACAAAAAGAAAAAGAAAGUCAUUGUCUUGAGUGUUCACGUCCUCCAUAAACGUGAAAUUAGGAAGUUUCACAUCGUAAUCGUGCAGUGACGGCAGAGAAAUGUACAAAAGAGCGUGAUGCACGUGCAAAAUUGUUGUUUUGCCAGUCUAAACCUAUUGCUUUUGUACCGUUCUCGUUGCCGUCGCCGUCGUCGCUGGUUAAGCUCCCUAAUGUUAGCGAUCGCACGUUGCGCCUUAAUAAGCCCACAUCGCGCCUCAUUUUAUUAAAAACAUGUAAACCACCACGAAACACAGCUAUGUAUUGUGGUUGAAUUUUAUCCUUGGUGCAAAAUGUUAUUUUCCUUUGUUUUCUAUUCUCUGUCACACUUUUACCAUAUACAAAAAUAAGGGAUAAAAAGAUUAAAAGCAAGGAUAAGACUAAGCCUCAGCAUAUGGCGUGUAAGUUAUUCUUUUAGAGCGAAUACUUUCUUCUCUUUGUAUGAUUCGCGUUGCCGUGUCAAAAGAUUAUUCAGUUAUCAUAUAUUUAGGGUGAUAUACUAUAAUCGAAAACCGUUCUCCUAGAGUCAUGCGUUGAUUGUCGUUAGUUUUUCUCAACAUUUGUUCAUGUCGUGUCGUUUGUCUUUUUUAUGUUCAAUAACAGGUUUCGCCCCCAGUAUUUGCCUUCCGUCAACUCACUGCGGAGAUGGUGGACAUUGCCGAUGUCCAGGACUUGGAAGUCUGGGGCGAGAGG